CGCAUCGCAGUGAAGUGAGUGACAUUUUAAAGACGUCAUAUCUAAUAAUUGACAACCCUGAUAAGAAACGUCAAAAAACAGCAACAGUUUCGUUGGUUUAUCGAGAAUUUGAUAAAAUCCAUUAUUUUAAUUUCUUUGUUUUCAUUUUGAUGUCACAAUUCAGGUAGACUUAUUGCAACAUGACGGAGGAAAAUAUAACUGUGAGUGAUAAUUCGGAUUUAGAAGAGGGCGGAAAUCCCGAACUUCGUGGAUACUUGAGUAAAUGGACAAACUACAUUCACGGUUGGCAGGACAGGUUUAUUGUUUUGAAGGAUUCUACGCUAUCGUAUUACAAGAGUGAAUUGGAUAGUAAUCUUGGAUGUCGCGGUGCGUUAUGCUUGAAAAAAGCUAAAGUGAAGCCUCACGAGUUUGAUGACUGCAGAUUCGAUGUGUCCGUCAAUGAUUGUGUUUGGUACUUGCGAGCGACCAACCCGGAGGAAAAGCAGCAAUGGAUCGACGUACUCGAGUCGUUCAAAGUCGAAUCAGGAUACGGAACUAGUUCAGACAGCAGCUCCAAUGGCGGAGGAUUACGGAGACACGGCUCGCUCACAUCACUACAGUCCACGGGGUCGCAUGGACGCACGACCCGCCGGCUCAUCGAAAAAAUAUCCGAACUGGAGACCUACAACGAGCUGUUGUCGAAGCAGGCAGUUCAAUUGCAGCAAUACUUCGACAUGUGCAUCGCUUCGUAUCCGCAGAUCGACGACCUGAACGAAGCGAUCGAUGCUGUCAAACUCGCUGAUGGUAACGCGCUGAGCCUGCACGCGGGCGAGGUGCGCGCGACGAGCGCGUCGUUCCGCGCCACGUGCGGCGCCACGCUCGCCACGCUGCAGCACUGCGUCGAGCUGCUGCGCCGGCGCGAGAAACAGGCGCGCCAGGCCGAGGAGCUUUACAUGGCUCUGAAGAAUCAAUUAACUGAAGCCAGACUUGCUUCGAAACCGGGUCCCGAUCACGAGGAGGGCCCGCACUCGACCCUGCCGGACGACGAGUUCCACGAUGCGAUCGAGACGGGCUUCGACAAGAUGGAAGAAGAGACGCGGUGCGCACGCGCAGCCGCCGCCCCCGCCGUGCACACGCGCGACCAGGUCGAGUUGCCGCCGCCCACUAUUGAUAACCGCCUCACCGUGCACCCGCUUUGGACAGAGAUCGAUAGGAUAUCAACAGAACAAAUGCAAGCUGCAUUUGAAGGUGUCGGCGGCGAGAUAGGCUGGCAGUUGUUCGCCGAGGAGGGCGACAUGAGGAUGUAUAGAAGGAAGGCGUACGGAGCAAUUGGAGUGCAGGAUUCCUAUAGCUUAGAUAAUAUUUCGCCGGGAUAUGCCAAAAAUCUUAAAAGCCAGGAGAUGGAAGUGGACGGCAUGGUGAUGGACCCUUUGAAGGCCAUGCACAAGGUGCGCGGCGUGUCGGCGCGAGAGAUGUGCCAUUACUUCUUCAACCCCAGAUACAGAUACGAGUGGGAGACGACGCUCGAGACGAUGACGAUAGUGGAGGAGGUGUCGUCGGACGCGAUGGUGUUCCACCAGACGUUCAAGCGCAUCUGGCCGGCGUCGCAGCGGGACGCGCUGUUCUGGUCGCACGUCCGCGCCGCGCCGGGGAACACCUACGCCGUCAUCAACCACUCCACCACCAACCAGGAAUAUCCGCCAAACAGUGGGGCGUGCAUUCGUUUGUUCGUGACGGUAUGCCUCGCGUGUCGCAGCUCGUACCCGGCGGGAGAGGAGCCCACGCGAGAGAACAUCACCACUAGCAUCGCUUACUGCAGUACAGUGAACCCUGGCGGCUGGGCGCCGGCGGGCGUGCUGCGCGCCGUGUACAAGCGCGAGUACCCGAAGUUCCUCAAGCGCUUCACGGGCUACGUGGCCGAGCAGUGCCGCGACAAGCCGCUCGCCAUCUAGCGCACGCGCCCGCGGCGGGGACACUGCGCGAGCGCACCGCGGACGCACUCUUGAUGUAUUUUAAUGUUAAAACAUAUAGGAAUUACAAAUGUUGUCGGUUUUGUUGACGGUGGGUUUUAAGUGUUUUUCGAACGGUGUAUACUUUCCUGGUGGGUGAUGCUGGACAUUUGUGGUGAAUCGAGUUUUGGUGUGUGACGUCACGUCACGAUAUGUAAACACGCAUGUGCAUUAUGUAUAGCUGUCUGUUAUAAAUUUGAUGUAAAUGUAUAGUAUUCCCAAUGGGGGUCCCGCACUGAUAUCUUUGGCACUUAUUCGUAGUGUCUGUGAUCUCAAAGACACUUAGGGUAAGACUUCACUCGGUUAUGUCGACAAGAUAUAUUGUUAUAAAAAUGAACAAAUUCAAUAAAUCUACGUAGUGUCGAGUGUUUGUAUUGUCGAUAAAAUUAAGUAGAAAUUUCAUCGAUAACAUAAUUCAAUAAAAAUCUUGCCGUCUUACAUCAUUGUUUUGAACUGAAUUUAAAUUCGGUAGGAAUGGUACAAAGAGUACAUAUUUUAACUUCAUGAGAUAUCAUAAUUGUUAAAUAAUCGUUUCAAAGCUUUAGUCGGGAGUUUUUUAAGCAAAUACCGUAACUAAGGCAAUUUAUUAUUAGUUAGGGAAUGUCGACAUUGAAUUUUUCAAUUUGUUACCGAUUUUAGUAACUGGAAUUUAAUGAUUUAAAAUAUACAUUCAGAUGGUCAGAAAAAAAUUGUGCUCUAUGUGGCAAAAGGCGUGCAGGUAUCACUUUACAUUGGAUGUAUGUAUAAGCUCUUCGAAAUGUCGAUAGUCCCGUCUCUGUUUAACGUAGGGUUAUCACUAACGGCCGAUUUUUAUAAACGAUCUCAGAACUUCGCAUCAAUAGCAAAAAAAAAAACAAAUUAAGUAUGCAUCUCUCUCUCUUCAAUGGUCUCAUUAUUGAGGAUCGUGACUCAAUUAUCUGCAUAGUAGUAUUUCCAUCGGCUGCGGUCUCCUGCUUGAUGAAGUGCUGCUUAUAUAAUUUUUGUUCUAAUCGUUUAGUUUUUGCUAUUGAUGUUAUAGAAUUUUUUAUUAGGUUCCGGCAAAGGCAAGAAUAUAACAAAUUGUCUUAGUUACGGCAGUAAUAAAUGAUUGGCAAGGGUAAUGGAAGGUGAGAGAACGUGUUCAGUAGGAAUAGUGGGGAAUAUAAUAUGUACCUUAUAUAGCAACGUGUAUAUGUACAGGGUGAGUGCUAUCGGACCGCUUCGAUAGUCUCUGGACUGAUUCAUCCGCGAUUCUCGACUCUAUCUCCAUGGAUAUUUCAUUGUGUACAUGUUGCUGGAACGCAUGUUUUAUGUUUGUUUUGUGUUUGUGUUUUUAAUGUCUUGUUCAUAUAACGCAGUGACCUAAUUUAGUUGUAUCUGUGGUUACAAUAUACAUGCGUUGUUAUACGAUAUAUGAAAACAAUAUUAAAAGCAUAACCACUAUUAUAUAAUGACCUGAUAAAUUCGGUCCUUUAAGACGAUUGCAGGACGCACUCUAGGGUUAUACAAACGAAUUAAGAAGGCAUUCGGUAAUGUUAGUGUACCGACAUAAGAUAAUGUUAUAUUUAUUUUGUUAUGUUACUAUUUAAUUUUGAUGCACACAUCCAUUCCAUCAUAAGCAAUGACAAUGUAAAAUAUUUUGUAAAAAAAAUAUAAAAAUCUUUGUGUCCAAUAGAAAUAUCUAUAAAUCUUUGAUCAUAAGAUAAUUAAGCCUUAACUUUGAUGUGAAA